CUGGCGGGGUGGAGGGCGCUCGGAGAGUCGAGUAGCAGCCUUGCGGUCCUCGCUUUAGUCCUCGAGUUCCGCGUCCAGGCAGCUCUCGGCGCGGUGUCCUCGCCAUGUCUGCAGCCAUGAGGGAGAGGUUCGACCGGUUCUUGCACGAGAAGAACUGCAUGACUGACGUCCUGGCCAAGCUCGAGGCCAAGACCGGUGUGAACCGGAGCUUCAUCGCGCUCGGUGUCAUCGGGCUGUUGGCCUUGUACCUGGUGUUUGGUUAUGGAGCCUCUCUCCUCUGCAACCUGAUAGGAUUUGGCUACCCAGCCUACAUCUCAAUGAAAGCCAUAGAGAGUCCCAACAAAGAUGACGAUACCCAGUGGCUGACCUAUUGGGUAGUGUAUGGUGUGUUCAGCAUUGCCGAGUUCUUCUCUGAUCUCUUCCUGUCAUGGUUCCCCUUCUACUACAUGCUGAAGUGCGGCUUCCUGUUGUGGUGUAUGGCCCCGAGCCCUUCUAAUGGAGCGGAGCUGCUCUACAAGCGCAUCAUCCGUCCUUUCUUCCUGAAGCACGAGUCCCAGGUAGACAGUGUGGUGAAGGACCUGAAAGACAAAGCCAAAGAGACUGCAGAUGUCAUCACUAAAGAAGCCAAGAAAGCUACAGUGAACUUACUGGGUGAAGAGAAGAAAAGCACCUAGAUCCUCAGCUGGAUGGAGCUUUCCUGCCUUCUCCAUACCUCCCUCGUACAGCUUGAUGUUAUGUCAGGGACUGUGGUAUAAUCAUUUUGAUAAUGUUGCCUUGGAAACAUUUUUGAUAUAUUAAAAAACAAAUGUGUUGUAAGUUUUUUUGCUUUCACUAUCUGUAUACAUAGAGAACAUUAAUUUAAAUUUAAUGCAGUGGGCAAUAUCUAAAUUUUUGAAAAUAUAUUUUUCCCCUGGGUAGGAAAAGAUGUGUGUGUCAUUAUCCUGCAGGAAAUAUAAAGUCAAAUAAAAUUAUGUAUCCCACAGGCUCCCUACUUUACUGGGGUCGCUCUGCAUGCAUUUUCUCUGUAUUUAACAUUUAGUCUUUAUGUUUCUACAUCAUGUAAUAUAAAAUUUCAUAGAAUUCUUAAAUGUCUCAAUGUAUUUAUGUAUAUAAAGAGAAAUGUUGCUAUGACUGUAAUGUGCAUAAUGCUCAUGAGGAAGGGGGUGGAGGGGAAGUUAUACAUUCAUUUAUAAAUUCUGUACAGUGGGACCACCUGCCAAAAGCAGAAGGUACCAUUCUACUGGUGUGAUCUGCUAAAUACUACUUCAGAAAACAAAUACAAAUUAGUAAUGUUCAAAGUGAGAGAUGCAAUUGAAUGCACAUUGGCCUGGUUACUUUCCUAACAUUGUAGUCCUGAAUAUUAGUCACUCUUGUGUUAAGCAGUGAAAUUUAUAUACAUGUUAGUCUGUAGCUCCCAAUUCCCUGUAGAAAUAGUAAUGCUAUCUUAUCUACUUAAGCUUUAGAUUUGUCUGUUUUUAAGUAAAAUGAAAGCCAUUCCUGGUUUUACCUUCAUAGCUGAGUAAUUUAUUUUAGUCUUUUUUUUCCCCUCUGUCCUUUUUUAAACCAGUUUAAGAAACCUUUCAAGACACGAUGCCAGAGGUGUUCUUGUUUAUAUCACUAGCACCAGCACACCAGUGACGACACCUAACCUAAGAGCAUUUCUGGGAGGAUUAAAGGAAAUAGGGUAAAAUCUGCCAUCUGGUUGGAAGUGGUCAAGUCAAACUGCCUUCAGCUUUUUCUCUGGAUUUUAAUGUCAAAGUUAAGGCUUCCCUAGUUUACAUGAGUUGACUAGACUAAAACAAAUGUAUAAUGAAAUUAAGAAGAUUAAAUAAAGAUUAGCUCUUCUUCAAAUGAUCUGAUCAUAAUGAUACCUAAUGAUGUAAAAAAUUAAUCACAAAUAAGGGAUAUUAUCACCUAAAUGUAAUAUGGAUCAGCACCUGUUUUUCCAAAAAAGAAAAAAAAAAGAUUAUUAGGUGUCUUCAAGAAAACAGUAAACUUUUUAUAAAAAAAAGAAUUGGUUUUUGGAGGGGAAAAAAAAUAUCAAGCCUUAGGUUAGAAAAAGUUCUCUCUAAAAGUAUUGCAAUCUCUGCCAUAAAUUGAAGUACACGUUUAGUGGGACACAGUGACAUGUGCCUGCAAUCUCAGCUAGUUGGAAGGCUAAGGAGGAUUACAAGUUCAAGGUCAGUGUGUGGAAUUUAGCAAGACUGUCACAAGAAAUUAUAAGAACUAGGCAUAUAGCUCCACAGUAGAGCACUUGGUAGCAUUUGUGAGUAUUCUAGAUUCCAUCCUCAGUACUAGAAAAAAAAGUACACUUCAUGGUGUACUUUUCUAGCAUACAAAAUGUGUAAUCAUACUAUUUGUAUACAGGAUAUAUUAUUAGGAUGAGGUGGCAUAAAAUAUUAUAAUUACAGGUUAAUCAGUAAAAAAACUACAAUAGUAAAAUAUAAAUGCAAUUUUUUUGUUGCCUUAAUACCACAGCUUGCUUCUAUAGUGCAUUUGAUAAGAAAUUUAAGUUGUUUUUUGGCAGCUUAAGUGUACAUUAAUGGCAAAAGUUAUGAGUUGAGUAAUUCUGUCUCUAUGCCAAUUUCCCAAAUAAAAUAUUGCCAUUAACUGGAUGGAAAACAAA